UACACCGACAUAGUACCGAUAGCCUUUUCUUAAAGUGAUACAUAAAUUGCAAAAAAAAUUAAUAACUAUUAAAUCAGACUUCAUUACAUAAACAUAACAUAGGAGGUAUUUUAUCAACCUUUACAAAGCAACAGGUUCCUAUCAGUCUGUCGUACGACUUCGCAGAAGCAUUUGAGUUUCAGUAGGCGGUCCGCACUCAACGCAAUCGUGUUUCCGUGUGACGAAAUUAUGCGUGUCGUCGAUCGUUUUUUGUAAUAAAACUUUCUUACACAUUAUAUAAAGAUGCCAGAGAAAUACGACCCAAGCGCAUUAUGGGUGGCUAUUAGUGAAUGUGGUCAUGGGAAUAUAUUUCAAGUGUACCCGAAGUUGUUGGCCCAACUUCUUCUGCAGGAGGAAGCUGCGAGACAGUAUGGAGACACGAGCGAGGCCGAAAAACUUAUUCUACCCAGUGAUAGAGAAUGGCGACUCACGCAGUACUUUAGCUUGGUCGCGCUACAGAAAGAUUUAGACUUAGAAGAUGGUCAAAAGCCACAAAAAGCCAUGGAGGAUCCACCUGAGGAGUGGGCCCCGUGGAACCUGGUUAUGUCGAUUAAGAACCCCCACGCGCCCCCGCCUGUCGCAGUCAAGACUGCGCCCGGCCCUGCGUGGGAUAUUGCACAGGUGUUAAAAGCAGCUCGUCUCUUGUGCAAGCCUCCCAUGCCCGUCAUGUUCAUAGACGAGCAAGAGAUGCGCUGCGUUUAUUCGCUUAUCUACGAUGUUUUCCGCUAUAAAUCUGUUUUGGAUCAAGCAAUGGGAGACAUUGAAUUCCUAAAUUAUUUUCCACGGUUUUCAAAUUACCGUCAUACGGUAUGGCUAUUCUUGAUGGAGUUAGCUAGGCGUCGCUGGGGUGCUAGGCCCAGAGGUGAAAUGGAAAGAGCCAUGCGAAUGCUAGAAGAAGCGGGCAGUAUAUUCAAAGAUAUUGAAGGCACCAUCUGGAAACAACGAGUUCACUUCGCCGCUGCUAUAUCGAGAAUAAGAAUCAAGAAUAAAGCUUUCUCUUUAUCCGACCUGCUGCCGCCGCACUUGCGUGAGGAACGCAUAUCGGCGUGUGUCAAUAAAGAAUCUGUUACCGGCUGGGUGAACACGUUCAAAGCUAAAAAAGUUGCACUGCUGGUGAAGAGAUUGAAUGAGUUGGGAUAUUCGUAUAGCAGUUCUAAACAGCUAUGUGCCGGUGAAUAUAGGUUCGAUCGGGUUUGUCCGAGAUUCAUCACUCUCCGUCCACUGGAAAAUAUAAGUGUUGGGCAACUUGAUCUCGUUAAGGAUGGUGUCAUCGUACUUCAGGAGCGUGAGUUCUGCGAAGGUGCUUCCACUCUAUGCAGAGCUCUACGCGCCAACGCCCUGCAGGGUGUGGUGGCGCAGACCCACGCGUCGUCUCCACGCUGCUCGGCCUACCUGGCCGCGCAGUUGAAGGAGUUGGCCGCAGUGGUAAAGGCGAACAUGCCAGCUGCACCGGUCAUACCAGAACUGGGAAAGCUCGUGGUAUUCGGGGCCGGAGAUAAAGUUGCAAGCUACGUCCUGGCAUUACGCGAACUCGGUAUAGAAGCAUCCGAAGCACCACAGUCUGGGGCCCCAGUGUGUGUACUGAGCGACCCAGUGCAUUGCGACACGCCCUUAGUGGUGAACGCGUUGGAUGGUGUGGUCGCAGCCUUGGCUACUCCACCGAAUUCGUACUCUGCAGUUACCGAUCCUAUCGACUUGGUCUGCGGCCGUGGUGGGGAUCUGGCUAUGCUUGAGAUCCUUACUGAAUCAGAUAUAGAUUCUGAUGGCAGGGCACGAGUGCAGUCUAUAUUGGAAGAACAAAAGAAGACUUUAAAAACGCUUUUGUCUAAACCUCAGAUCCAAUUGGUGUUGUACGAAACCCACUCGGCUUUGGAAGCGGAGAAUCAAGCGCAGGUGACGCGGGCCGUGGCCGAGGCGAAUAGACUAGCGAGAGAGCGCCACGCACUACUCAAGAAGAAACACAGAGAUCGCCAUGUCAGCCCACAUAAACACGGCCCAGACACUGCAGUGACAGACUCCACAGCCACAUUGGACACCACACAAUCAGAGGUCGAUAAAGAGGAGCACCCAGAUGAUCUGACAAGCGAGGAAUCACCAAAGCGCCUACCUUCUGCAUCACCUCCGAGCACCAAAAGAACAAGGUCUCACGAGGACGCGGUGUUAAAAAAACACACUGAGCAUGGAGAAACCAAGUCACGACCGGGAACCACUAAAGCAAGACCUAUCCCAGAGAUGCCCGUCAAUGAGUCCGUACCGCGAGAUCCCGACAAGGAUAGCCCUGAUAUCUAUGUGCCAAAUUGCGAUUUGUUCGAGAUAAGAACUCUACCCACAUUAGGAAAUGGAUUGGACAUAAACUACAUCUUAGACAGAGACGGCUGUUACCUCGGCCUCAUCCAAAGGAAGGAGAUCACCCGUCUGGACGCGAAGUACAUGAUCCGCAUGGCGGAGGAGCGCGGCCUGUUCGGGCAGAGCGCGCCGCCCGCGUCCGCGCCGCGGCACAAGCGCAACACCACCGCGCCCGCCGAGCCGAGGCGCAGGCGACGCAAGACGUGCGGGUUUGAGGUGGAGCGUGUGUCGGCGCCGACGUACGCGUGGCUGUGCCGUUCGUCGCGGCGCGGCUCGGCGCCGGCGUGCCUGGAGGCGGGCGGGGGCGCGGGCGCGGGCGCGGGCGGCGGGGCGGUGUCGCGCGAGCCCGUGUGCGAGCGCCACGCGCGCCGCCACGCCGCCGCCGCGCACCACGCCGCCGCCUGCACGUGCGACGCUAGACACAGACGUCCGUACUACCGGCGGCCGUCGAUGGAGACCGCGCUGACGCCGCGGCCGCCGUCGCCGCCGUGCCGCCGCCCCUUCCCGCUGGUGGUGCACGACCUGCGUCUCAAGACCGAGGAACCCAACAGCUUCAUCGCCUUGUAGACAACACUAUAAACACUAUACUAUCCUACUAAACGUACACACGAACAUUAACGGGGCAGUGAUAGUGAAGAUAGGGUUGUCGGACAUAGAUGUAUCUUUUAGGGUUGCCAGAUUAACGAUUGUGACUAUCAAAUUAAUGAUUAUUGGAUAUGUUUUUUGAACACAGUUAAAAGGUUAAUUUAAAAUUGAAGUUGGACUUCAAUAAAAAAUUGUCAUUGAGCAACCCUAAGCUGCACCAUUACUUUCAUUUAAAACAAUCUAAAUCCGUUGCUUUCCUAACGUUUAUUCGCAUAAUUUUCAAUAAUUAUAAAACCAUCUACGUAUCUCAAAAUUUAGAAACGGACAAUGUACAUGUGGUGCAAACAACUACUUUUUCUACAUCUAUAAAUCAGCCAUAAUACUAAAUAGCCAUAAACGUUACAAAAUGUACAAUAAAACAGUCAUUCCACACAAAGCCAUGGAACAUAUUGUAAUUACAAAAAUAUAUCGACGACUUAACAUAGCUUAGUUAGCGGUAUAGAUUUCCUAUAUGUUUCGGUAUUAUUGCUUUUAUAGAUUUAUUAUAGUUUAUAUGUAAUUUAAAUACAACAACCAAACAACAAAAA